AUGGCAGUGCCUUUUACUCGCCUGGCCCAUGGCGCCAGGAGGGUGUGCGCGCGACCGCCGUCGAGGAUCGCCUCCCUGCGCUGUCUGUCCACCACCCCAGCGCGCAGAAUGGCCACACCUGCUGAGCCUCCCAAUCCGAUCGAACAAACGAACAAGUCGAUCCCACCGCACGAGGGUACACGUCUUGUCCCCGUCGACCCCAGCUUCGGUCAUCCAGUCAACCCGGAACAGCUCAGCUUCAACACCCCCAACGAAGAGGGAGACACCCCCGAGCAGCGCAAGAUCCGCCACUAUACCGUCAACUUCGGCCCUCAGCAUCCUGCCGCUCACGGUGUGCUACGGUUGAUUCUGGAACUCAAUGGCGAGGAGAUCGUGCGCGCGGAUCCUCACGUUGGAUUGCUACACCGUGGAACAGAGAAGUUGAUCGAGUACAAGACAUACAUGCAGGCCCUGCCAUACUUCGACCGCUUGGACUACGUCAGCAUGAUGACCAACGAGCAGUGCUUCUCGCUUGCUGUUGAGAAGCUGCUGAACAUUGAGAUCCCAGAAAGAGCAAAGUGGAUUCGGACAUUGUUUGGAGAAAUCACCAGAGUCUUGAACCAUCUCAUGUCGGUGCUGUCUCACGCCAUGGACGUUGGAGCACUUACACCUUUCCUGUGGGGGUUUGAGGAGAGAGAAAAGCUGAUGGAGUUCUACGAACGUGUCUCUGGCGCUCGCCUGCACGCGGCAUACGUGCGUCCAGGUGGUGUAUCUCAGGAUCUUCCCGUGGGUCUUCUCGACGACAUCUAUCAAUGGGCCACCCAGUUCGGUGACCGCAUUGAUGAAACCGAGGAACUCCUUACGGACAACCGUAUCUGGAUCGGCCGAACCAAGGGUGUCGGCGUCGUUCCAGCUGCCGACGCACUGAACAUGUCCUUCUCUGGUGUCAUGUUGCGAGGUUCGGGUAUCCCAUGGGAUGUUCGCAAGUCACAGCCAUACGAUGCAUACGACCAAGUCGAGUUCGAUGUACCUGUUGGUGUCAAUGGCGACUGCUACGAUCGCUACCUGUGCCGCAUGGAAGAGUUCCGCCAAUCAUUACGCAUCAUCCACCAAUGCUUGAACAAGAUGCCAGCUGGACCCGUCAAGGUAGAAGACUACAAGAUCUCUCCGCCACCUCGUGCUGCGAUGAAGGAGAACAUGGAGGCGUUGAUCCACCACUUCCUGCUCUUCAGCAAAGGAUACACUGUUCCACCAGGCGAGACCUACUCCGCCAUCGAAGCGCCGAAGGGUGAGAUGGGCGUCUAUGUGGUUUCAGACGGCAGCGAACGACCCUACCGAUGCAAGAUCCGAGCUCCUGGUUUCGCCCACUUGGCUUGUUUCGACCAGGUCAGCAGAGGACAUUUGCUUGCCGAUGCUGUCGCCAUUAUUGGAACCAUGGAUUUGGUGUUUGGCGAGGUUGACAGAUAA